AUGGCUCGCUUCGACUGCAUAGAACGGCCGUUGGCUCGGGCGUUCCAUCGUUACGGGGCCUAUGUCACGACCAAUCCGUUGCCUUUCAUAGUGUUCCCCAUUCUACUGACCCUCGCUCUGUCAACUUCGUUGUUGUCGUUGGAACCUCUUACCGAUGCCAUCUACCUGUUCACGCCUUCUGAUGCUCCGUCAAAGAUGGAACGACAGGUGAUUCACGAUCUAUGGCCGUUAUAUAAUGGAUCUUACAUACCUGGUCGAGCGGUAACACAGUCGAGGGAAGUACAGGUAUGUCUUUUUUGAUAUCGGUAGAGUUUUUGGGUAACAUUUAGAGUUUACAAAAAAGUGUUUUAAAGGUUAACAUUUGACAAGUAUAGGUUAUAUUUUGUGGCCAGAGUAAUUUUUAGGUAUAUUUUGGAGGUUUUUUAAAUUAAAGAUAUUCAACUUUAGGAAAAAGUUUUUAGGUAACAUUUACAACUUUUAAUUUUUAAAUAUCUUCGUCUUUUAGGCAACAUCUUUAACUUUAAUUUUAGGUAACAGUUUUGGCUCGUGACGGUGGAAACAUCUUGGAGAAACCGUACUCAGAAGCUGUUCUUCGACUCGACAACUACAUCUCCAAUCGCAUCAAGGUGCAUCAUGAGGGAAAGACCUAUACCUACAACAAUCUUUGUAUUCAUGGUCGUGCCAAGAAGUGUCCUGGCAAUAAACAUGUUCAUCUACUGUCAGACUUGUUCCAACAUGGUGUAAACAUAACAUAUCCGACUGUCAGACUGGGAUCUGUGUGAGUAAUUUACGUUAUCGGUUAACUUUUUUUUAUCUAAAAUGAAUUUUUAUUCUUUUUUUUGAUAAAAUAAUCCUGUUUUCGGUCAAAAAGUAACUAGAAUAUUAUAUUUUUGAAAGAAUUGUUAAAUGACUUUAUCAUGGUCUUGUUUUCAAUAAAAUCAUUUUCAGAAGUGGCUACAUUGGAAGUAGUUUGGGUGGUGUGAAAGUGUCACGCGGAAAGAAUGACAGUAUGAUACUAUCGAGUGCUCAGUCCUGGUUCAUGGUGUACCAUCUUCAGUUCUAUCCAUCCAAUGUGUCGUUUCUUUCUGGUUUGUGGGAAAAAGUAAGUUUAGGUAACAGAUUAGUUUAUAAUAACAUCUACGAAAUUAUAUUCAUGUUGGCGUUGUAGAUGGUUGUUUCCUGAUUUAAAAAUGUUGUUUUAGGCAUUUGAGAAAGCAUUGAAAGAGUACGUCGACGACCCGUACAUCACCAUUACAUUCUUCCAUUCACAAACGUUGGCAGAAGAACUGAAACGAAACGCAGAUUCUUUGAUUCCAAGAUUCGUAGCAGCCUUUGUCAUUCUGAUGGUGUUUUCUUUGAUCUGCAACAUGUCAUUCAUCGAUAACACUCCGUACAUCGACUGGGUUCUGUCCAAGCCAAUAUUAGCCAUUUUGGGAGUGAUAAAUGCUGGAAUGGGGAUAUUAUCAGCAAUUGGGGGAAUCAACUUGUUGGGGAUGCCGUACAAUGACAUUGUGGGAGUUAUGCCCUUUUUGGUUGUGGGUAAGUCGCCAUUUAUCCUUGGUUUGUGCUCAUUUUUAAAUUAUUUUGGUUAUAUGUAACACAUUUUUUUAGCUGUCGGCACAGACAACAUGUUUCUGAUGGUCGCCGCUUGUCGCAGAACUAACCGAGCCCACAAUGUCGCUGAACGUAUCGGAGAAUGCAUGUCUGAUGCUGCUAUCUCCAUGUUCAUAACAUCUCUGACCGAUGCUUUUUCGUUCGGCAUUGGCACGAUUACCUCGAUCCCCGCAGUUCAAAUCUUUUGUGUAUAUACAGCUGCCGCUGUUGUUAUCACCUUCUUGUACCAGGUAUAGUUUAUUAUGAUAAUCCAUAUAGUAAUUUAGUGUUAACUUAUGGAAUACGAUGUCUUUUAGAUUACCUUCUUUGCGGGAUGUUUGUCAUUGGCCAUAAAAUGGGAGUCCCAAGGAUUGCAUUGUGUCACGUUGAAUGACACUAUCAACGACAAGGAGAUCACUCGAGCUACUGGAACCGAACGCAUGUUCUGUCUCGGUUCCAGCUUCGACCCCAACCCCCACAACAAGGAAAACGUGAAGGACACGGCUGCGGCCAAGUUCUUUGAGAACGUUUAUUCCCCGAUUCUGAUGGCUCCGAUGAUACGCUUCCUUGUGGUGCUUUGGUACAUUCUCUACGUCGUGUUCUCCAUAUACGGAUGUAUGCAACUAAGAGAGGGAUUGGAACCAGUUAACUUGCUGGUGCAGGAUUCGUAUGCCAUUCCACAUUACCACGUUCUCGAACGCUACUUUUGGCAUUACGGAGCUUCAGUUCAGGUAAUAUUUGUUUAUGUUUUUGUUAAUUGUUCCAGCGACUUUUAUUAUUUUGUUGUAAUUUAGAUAGUUGUCAAUAAUGCCCCUAACUUUACGGAUCCACACGAACGGAGCCAAAUAAAACGAGUAGCGCAUGCCUUUGCCAACACUCAACACACUAUAGGUGACGAUUCAAUUCAGUUGUGGCUGAACGAGAUGGAGAGGUACUACAAUGAAGAGCUGGGAUUGCCAAUCAAGGACGACCAAUUCUAUGGGCUGGCACGGCAUUACUUUGGAGCUCGCAAGUCCGACUACUGGUCCGACGAUGUCAAAUGGGCCAUGAAUCCUGACGGAGUCCCAUACAUACGAUCGUUCCGGUUCCUGGUUGGUCUCCGCAACAUUUCAACUUCAGUAGAACAAGAAGACGCGACUUUUGUAUUGCGAGAAGUGGCAGCACGUUACCCUCAGUACAACAUAACCACCUUCAUGCCUUUGUGGUUGUUCACUGAUCAGUACGCCAUUGUGGUGCCCAACACCAUCCAGAACAUAGUCAUAGCUAUCUUGGUGAUGAUUCUGAUUGCCAUUUUGUUGAUCCCCGAACCCAUGUGCGCCUUGUGGGUUGCCUUGGCCAUUGCAUCGAUCGACGUUGGUGUGAUCGGAUUCAUGACACUUUGGGACGUCAAAUUGGUAGGUUAACAUACUUUGUUUCAAACUUUAUCGUAGGAUGCCAUCUCCAUGAUUACUAUCAUCAUGUCAAUCGGAUUCUCGGUGGACUAUUCUGCUCACAUAACUUAUGGCUACGUGAUGUCGAAGAAGCGACUUACAGUAGAUCGGAUCGGCGAAGCUUUAGGAGCUCUGGGGUGGCCGUUGACACAAGGGGCCAUAUCGACAAUUCUAGCUGUCAUCGUGCUGGCCGACGUCCCUGCCUACAUGAUUGUGACAUUCUUCAAAACUGUAUUUUUGGCCAUUUCGCUGGGGCUACUCCACGGCCUAGUAUUUCUACCUGUAACAUUGUCAAUGUUUGUUCGAGAGUCAUGCAUGACUCAACAACAUCAGCAUUAA